AUGGGAAAGGUCACCACUCAAUACAGUUGCAGAUGUCAUGUCAAAAAUUGGGAAAAUGGUAAUGUUGGGUCCGUCCACGAUCAACGAGUAUUUCGUCUCUCGGAAGUUGCCAGCUAUCUUAACGACGCUACAAAAUUCCCAAAUGAUUGUCAUUUACUUGGUGAUGCAGCGUACUUCAUUCAUGAGAACUUGCUAAUGCCGUAUAGAGAUAACGGACAUUUAUCUGAAAGACAAAAAAAUUUCAACUUCCGUCACGCAUCAGCUCGAAUAGCGAUAGAAAGAGCAUUUGGACUGCUGAAAGGAAGAUUUAGAAGCCUUUGCACGUUACUCGACAUGGAGCGUUUCGAUGUUAUCCCGGAGUUCAUUUUGGCUUGUAUCAAUUACGACAUUCCUCUGGCGCCUGCAGGAAACCAUAAUCAUGUUGAAGGAGCAAACGUAGCCGCAAAUCGACGUGGUGUAAUCAAAAGGGAUUACAUCGCUGAACAGCUUCAACUACAGAUUAAAUGA